AUGAUUAUCUGGCUUCUACCUACUGUUCGCGCUAAGCAAGACACUGGAUAUAUACCCAAGCUACAUACUAAGAACUUCGAUAAUGUGCAGAACGUUUUCUAUUUUGAUGACUCCCCUGUACUACUACUUCAAGACUUUCAAUCGGUUUUUCAAUCUAAUGACAAUGGAGUAACAUGGGAUACUGUUGAACUUUUCUCACAAGAUAAUGAUAACACCAUUCCUAUCUCUAUUCGACAGAUCGACUUGGAUAACCAAUUAGGAUUUGCUUUCACCCAGUCCAAAAGGCAUUACUACACAAAGGAUCAGGGCAAAUCUUGGAAACAUUUUGAAAUUGAUGAAGAGGGCUACACUUCUGCCACUGUUAGUGUCAACUAUGAUAAGCAUGAUUAUAUGCUUUUUUCGUUCAGAAGAUGCCCUGAGGUACUUUCCGUUGAUGUACUAAGCUCAGAGUGUAACGAUACGUUCUACUAUUCGAAAGAUGGAUUGGCUACGAAACCUGUUCGUCUUGAUAUCAACGGUUUAUCUGGCUGUACCUUUGCUCGAACAAAUGCCGACUUCCAUGUUGCCGACAGCGAACUCAUGGUAUGUACCAAACGUGACUUUGACGAUAAUGGCUUCCCAUUAAAGAGUGAAAUUGUUGCCUCUAAGGACUUUUUCAACACCAUUCUAGUCCCACAGAGCGAUGCUUUGGCAGAUGCUUACGUGGCCGACAUUAAAGUGAUCAACUCCUUUAUGGUCGCUGUUGUGCAGAAAGAUAGGUACGAUAACAAUGGAAUGGUUGACUUGUACGUCUCUAAAGACGGUGUUAGUUUCAGGAAAUCUUUCUUUGACAAGCAACUCAGAAGCUGGGCAUUUACACUACUUCCUUCCACCAAGAACUCACUUCAUGUGGCCUUACGUGGUGUCUCCAAUCCUUACGAUUUCCAGUCCUCCACCGAUGUUUAUCGAUCGGAUUCCCAGGGCAUGUACUUCAAGAAGAUCAUCAGUAAUGUUGAUGGCUUUGGCGGUGGAUUGGAAAUGAUUAGGAAGAUUCAAGGAAUUGAUGGUGCAUGGAUCGCUAUGACUGAAGGUGACGCCAAAGCAGAUGAUGGCCAAAGAAAACCCCAAAAUUCCGGUUUUGCUAGAUCCAAGAUUACUCUUAAUGAUGGUGAUACCUGGUCUUAUCUCAAACCUCUCAAUGAUACUAACUGUCUAGGCGAUAAGGACUGCUCUGUCAAUCUCAUGUGGUUUGAGGAACGAGCUGGUAAUGGUGAAAUCGUAUCUGGGCCGACUCCGGGCAUUCUUAUGGGUGUGGGCGCGACUGGAAACACCUUGCCACGUUCAAUGAACGAUUUGAAAACAUUCAUUUCUCGUGAUGGAGGACUGUCUUGGAGCAAGGUAUGCGAUGGUCCAUCCGUGUUUACCUUUGCAGAUUUCGGUAACAUUGCCAUUAUUACCAAGUUGAAUUUGGAAGGAUUCCCUGCAUCUUUGGAAGAGGGAAGUACCGGUAGUAUUCUAUUUUCUCUAGACCAGGGUUCCACUUGGAAAGAGGUUGAUAUAGGUGUUUCCUUAGUGCCCGAUUAUUUGAUCACUGCUAAAGAUGGUACCGCUCGCCAGGCUCUGUUGGUUGGCAUCACGCCCCAAACCAUGACAUAUGUAGCCAUCACAAUUGAUUUCGACGAUGCAUUCAGCGAAGAAUGCGAAAAGAACGAUUUCGAAGAGUGGUAUGCCAGACGUGAUCCCCAGACCAAUGAACCGAUCUGUGUCGAUGGCCAUCGUGAAAAGUACAAUAGAAGGAAGCAAAAUUCUAAGUGUUUUGCAAGCAAGUUGUACAAAGAUAUCCAGGUCAUAGAGGAGCCUUGUAAGUGCGGCCUCGAAGAUACUGAAUGCGAUUUUGGCUUCCGAAUGAAUACAGGGGGAGAAUGUGAUCCUAUUUCCACUGUAAUGGCCGAGGACUUUUGCAAGGGUAAGAACAGAAAGAGAAAAAUUAGUCUUACUUCCAGAAGGAUGAUUCCCGAUGAUCCUUGUUCUGGUGGUUACAAGGUCCCUAAGAACGAUUAUAUCGUGGACUGUCAAGUGAUGAAUGAAUUGGCAGAGGUGGAGAAAAUCAGCGUCAAAUUCACAGAUUUGGAUGAGAAGAUCAUCUACUACUUCUACUUGGAAAGAGAUCCAGCGAACUCUGGUGUCCCAGAUGAGACGCUAUUGGUUAUCACGGAAACCAUGAGGAUAUAUGUCUCUUAUGAUGGAGGAUACUCAUUCGUUGUUCCAAACGACUUGAUGGGUCUUGAAGGAAGGGUUGUUAGUGUUUUCACCAAUCCAUAUUUCCCUAAUGAUGUCUAUAUUGCCGCACAGUCGGGUGAAGUGUACUAUUCCAACGAUAGAGCUGUCACGUUCCGGAGCUUCCACUCCCCAUAUGUGGCUGGUAGUGACACAAAAUAUGAGAUGUCUUUCAGCAAGAGUAAUAGUACCAAAUUUAUUUGGUAUGCUUUAUCGGAUUGUGACAGUAUGGGAAAUUGUAAAUCGAGUGUGGCACUUACCGAAGACAAUGGACAAAGCUUUGUUCACAUGGUGGAUAACGCACGAAAGUGCCAUUUCUCUGACUCCAUAUUCAGUACGGAAAACUAUAAUGUUAAGGACAAUCUCAUUAUUUGCGAGCAGAAACAAGAAGGUAACCCUUAUUACAAUCUCAUCGGCAGUAAAAACAACUUUUUCUCGGCUCCGGAGAUCAUAUUAAAGGGAAUUAUAGGCUCUACUUCCAGUGGAGAGUUCUUGAUUGUGGCAAAAGUGAACGACGAUAGCUCACUUACUGCCUUUGUGUCUGUAGAUGGUUACAACUUUGCUGAAGCGAAAUUCCCACACAAUAUUGAGGUCACUAAACAGACUGCCUAUACCAUUCUUAACGUGAACUCCAAGCAGAUCUUUAUGCACGUGACUACAAGUUCUGAAUAUGAUUUAGAGUUUGGCGCUCUAUUAAAGAGCAACUACAACGGCACUUCAUAUGUGACUUCUCUCAGAAACGUGAACCGGAAUCGUGCAGCAUACGUUGACUUUGAGAGUGUUCAGGCUCCAGAAGGAAUAUCCCUACUUAACAUUGUUAGCAAUGCAGACAAGGUCAAGGAGGAUCAUGUUGAAAAAAGGCUCAAGACCAUGAUUACCUUUAAUGACGGGGCAUCUUGGAAUUCUCUUGAGUCACCAUCUGCCGAUUCUGAAGGUAAAAUGUACGCGUGUAAAAAGUGCUCUUUGAACCUUCACUCAUACACUGAAAGACUUGAUCCUUCGAGAGAUACGUACUCUUCUGGAUCGGCUCUCGGAAUGCUUUUCGGUAUAGGAAACGUCGGUGAAUAUCUAGCCCCUAUGAAUGAUGACACCACGGCUUUGUUUUUUACAAAAGAUGCUGGUGUUACCUGGAAAGAAAUUAGAAAGGGGCAGUAUAUGUGGGAGUUUGGUGAUCAAGGUACCAUUUUGGUCAUUGCCAAGUCUGCAGAGACGACUAAUACUGUCUCCUAUUCGUUGGAUCAAGGCCAGACUUGGAAAGAUUAUGAGUUUGCUGAAAAGAAGUAUAUGAUUAGUGAUUUAUCAACGGUCCCGUCUGAUACUGCGCGUAGAUUUAUGCUAUUAGCAGAGGAUGAGAGAGGUAGUGAAAAGGUGAUCUCGCUUGACUUUUCUCGUGUUUACAAUAGACAAUGCAAGCUCGACCUCGAUCACAGAACGCAAAUGAGGGACUUUGACUACUGGUCUCCUCGCUAUCCACACCAGGAAGACAAAUGUCUUUUUGGUCAUGAAUCGCAAUAUUUGCGUAGGAGUGCUGAUGUUGAUGAUUGCUUUAUAGGUGCCGCACCUUUAAGUAAGGGAUACAAGCAUAUGAAGAACUGUUCAUGCAGCCGAAACGACUUUGAAUGCGAUUAUAACUUUGAAACGGCUGCAGAUGGUACCUGCAGACUCAUCAAGGGUCUUUCUUCAAAGGACAACUCAGAGAUAUGUAAUAGAGACGAUAAGGUUCUCGAGUACUGGGAACCAACCGGUUAUAGGAAAGUUCCGUUAAGUACAUGUGAGGGUGGAUUGGAACUUGAUAAAUGGGCAUCACAUCCAUGUCCUGGUAAGGAAAAUGAUUAUAAGAAGGAGCAUCAUAAUGGCAUACGAGGAUUCGCACUAUUUAUGGUGAUAACUUUGCCAUUGUUGGCAUUCCUUGUCUCGGUGGCCUUCGUCUACGACAAAGGUAUAAGACGGAACGGGGGCUUCCAAAGGUUUGGAGAGAUUCGUCUUGACGACGACGACAAUUUACAUCUUGUCGAAGAAAAUGCUACCGAUAGAGUGGUGAAUAAGAUCGUCCGAGGGGGAAUUUAUACGUUCAGUUUUCUGACGUCUACUGCUCGCAAAAUAUCCACCUUCUUCAAAAGAGGUGUGCUGGGAGUGAGAGGGGAGAACGCCGGUACCAUUUCGUCAUUGUUUAACGAUAGAAUCGUUGAUAACGAUGAAGAUUCUCUCUUUAGAUAUGCGGACGAAGACGAUGAUGCUCGUGAAAUUGAUAGUUUCCUAGAGCAUGGCUUGGAAAAUGACGUGGGUGGUGAUGAUCAGAACUACACUGAUACUCCUGACGACCUUGAAGCUGAUGCGGACGAGUCUGCUCCAACACCUCUUGAAACGGAUGCAGAGCAGUCUUCUUCUACUCAUCUCGGAGAUGAUGCUUAG